AUCGGAGGCCGGUGCAAGGAGCGCACGAACACACUGCGGUAUACAUAUUUCUUGGAAGCGGUCCUCCGCGGCCGGGGAUUCGCCAAAUUGCAGCACGAUGGACGACACGUAUGGCCGCAGGCGUUGUUGCUAGGAUUAUCGGGUCGCCUACACUUACCUGAGGGCCCCGAUCGAAUACGCGUCUUGGAUGCCAUUGGCGCCCUGGAGAACGCAAACCGCGAUUUUGCUCUCCUACGCAAUACGAUGACCCACGAUCCUAACAAGAAAAACUUCCGCGACGAGGCGUAUCACAACGUGACACGCAGCCGCGGCAAGCACCAGCAGACCGAGUCAAACCCAUGCCUGCGGAGCAUCGACUACUCGAACACGCGCCUGCAACGCGCGAUCUGCAAGCUCUACCGCGUCGACUAUACUUGUUUCCCGGUGUAUCAGCUGCCCGAGUGGUGUGUUAACCUUCCGCCGGAAGACGACGAUACCGAAGAACCUACUUCGCGCAAUGACGACGUCGACCUCAACCAGGAGUUCGCCGCUCGCUGUCCGGGCGUGACGAACGAGCGCGGCGGCUGUGGCUCGGCGGGCUUUGCCGAUGGCGCGUUGUCCGCGGAGGCCUGCCAGGCGAUAUGCCAGGCGACCUGGGACUGCAAAUUCUUUUCGUACCACGUGGAUCGUCCGGACAAGCGCUGCAGGCUAUGCAAGGACGACACUCACGACACCAAUCACCUUCAUGGUGUAAAGGUUAAGGAAUGCUCCAGUUCGGCCGAACGCGCGGCCGACGCCACGCUCCACGAAUGCUACUGGGGGCCCAAAUACUGUCGGCAGGACGACUUGGGCACGAGGCCCGAUGGCAAACGGGAGAAGAUACUCUCGCGUCUCGAGCCGCGCGCAACAUAA